AUGAGUUUCUUCGGUAACUCUCAGGCGCAGGCGCAGCCUGCUAAGCCCAGCCUGUUCUCUCAGCCCUCAAUGUUCAACCAGUCGCAGAAUCAACAACCUCAGCAAUCGCAACAACAGCCGAACCAACAGAGUCAAGCUGGAGCAGGACUGUUUUCCGGCUUCAGCUUCAGCAAGCCUGCAAGUCAACCUCAACAGCAAGCAAGCGUUGGACCCUUUUCAGGAUUGAAUCCCGCGUCUACGCAGACUCAAAAUCAGUCAGGAUCUGGAUUGUUUGGUACAAGUACGACUGGUGGCUUCGGGACAAGCAUGCAGCAGCCACAGCAACAGACUGGUGGCAUUUUCGGAGUCUCCUCUCAACAGCCGGCACAGGUGCAGCAGCAGCAACAACAACAACCACAACGACCCUUGGAUCAGACGCUGCGCUUCGGUCAGUCUCAACAAGGACAGUCGGCUUCGCCCUCAUUGUGGGAAGAAGGGCGUGGCUUGAACGUGUUUAGAUCAAUACCAGCGCAAAUGAACAUUGUGAAAAACAAAUGGGAUCCACAGAACCUGUCUUCGCCUUUGCGCGCCUACUUAUAUCAACAUGUUGGAAACGAAACAGAAGCAUUCAAAUACCGAGCUGGCCCAGAUGAAGAUGAGGAUAAGUGGGAAGAAGCAGUCAACAAACGACCUGGUCCUGAAUGGGUUCCGCUAGUAGUGAGAGGUUUCUUUGAACUGGGCCGCAAAGCUCAAAUUCAGAUGGAAGCUAUUCAGAGAUGUAACAUGAUGCUCCAAGAGAUCAAUGCAUCACUUGACGCCCAGUUGGAUACCCACCGCCAGAACGUUGCUACAAGGCUUGAAGAAUGCAAGCGGCGACAAAUUGCAACUGCGCAAAGAACUUUGGCCUUGGCAGUCAAGGUUCAGACUCUCCGAAACAGGGGUUAUGUGAUGGACAACGCGGAAGAAGAGCUGAAAUCUAAAUUGGAGAAACUCCAACGUGAAGUUUUCGACCCAAGCCUCAACGCACGUGAACAGGAGGUUUGGGCACGCAUGUUGGCUAUCAGGGAGCGAGCGAAGCGCAUCAAACUGGAAAUGGAAAAGGUCACACCAGCUGCGACUGAGAAGGACUCGACCCUCGAUGAAGAGACCAUUAUGGCUGCCAAAAAGACACUGGAAGCAUAUGAUACUCAACUACGACACUUGCAAAAGGAACUGGACUUGGUUUCACAAGAAUUCCAAGACUGGGAUAAGAUCUCAAAAGACCGAGAUAGUGAUGUCCCUCGACGACGCUGA